UGCGUUCGCCGUGUCGAACUUGACGUCAGCGCGUCGGGAGCAGGAGGGAGCGGCUCUGGUCGAGCGACGUUCACUGCGAACAGGAGAGAGAGUGAGCGGCGGAGAGCGCAGCGGAGUGGACGGGUGGAUGACUACAGACAGUCAGGAUGCGUGAAUACAAACUGGUUGUUUUAGGAUCAGGAGGCGUCGGCAAGUCAGCUCUGACUGUCCAGUUUGUUCAGGGAAUCUUUGUGGAGAAAUACGACCCCACGAUAGAGGACUCCUACAGGAAGCAAGUCGAGGUUGAUGGACAGCAGUGUAUGCUGGAGAUCCUGGACACAGCAGGAACAGAGCAGUUCACAGCAAUGAGAGACCUGUACAUGAAGAAUGGCCAGGGCUUUGCUCUGGUUUACUCCAUCACGGCUCAGUCCACCUUCAACGACCUUCAAGACCUCCGAGAGCAGAUCCUCAGAGUGAAGGACACGGAGGAUGUUCCCAUGAUCCUGGUUGGAAAUAAAUGCGAUCUGGAGGUGGAGCGUGUGGUGGCCAAAGAGUCGGGCAUUGGUCUCGCUCGCCAGUGGAACUCCUGUGCCUUCCUUGAGACCUCGGCCAAGAGCAAGAUUAACGUCAACGAGAUCUUCUACGACCUUGUCCGACAGAUCAACAGGAAGAGUCCAGUUCCAGGGAAAACCCGCAAAAAGUCCACUUGUCAGCUUCUCUAAUGGCAGAUUCCUGCUCACCUGAUAACCAACCAACCAACCAAUCACAGGACAUCUUCCAGCUGGCCACGCCCCUUUAACACAACCAUGUCACCAUCAGCAUCAGCCACUCUGUUACCAUGACGAUCGCUUCUCCCAUCCUUCAUCACACAAUGUAAAGGAGACUGUUGCCUUGGAAACAUUAAAACAGAACAUCAAAGGACUGCAACGGCGGUGGCGAUGAUGAUGAUGAUUCUGCUGUUGCGGGAAUGCAGGGGCUUGAUUUAAACUACGGUUCCCAUCAUCCUCUCUGCUAGGCUGUUUUUGCAGUGGGGAGUGGCUUCUUGCAUUCUUUUCUUUUUAAAAAAUUUUAAACUUUUCUUUUUUCGUUUCUUUCGCCUUAUUGUUUUCCGGCAGCCCUGAGCCAAUCACACGCAGUGUGACCGUCAGCUGUGUCGGCAUCGCCGCGGUGAUGACGGUGCCGCCGCCACAGCUGACCGUGUGUGUAUAUGGCUCUGGUGAAACCUGUGGAUUCAUACAGUGGUUAUUAUUACAGUGGUUGUUAUUAUGAUUCUGUGUGAAAACAAUUAAGUCAUUUUAUGUUUUUGAUUUUUGGGGAGGGAGGUGUGGGCGGGGUGAGGCGGGGGUGGGGGGUGUAGCAGCAAGUCGAGAGGUUAGCUUACUGUGCUGAUAGCAAUGCCGUAAUUAAAGUUAGCCUAAAGCUAACAAACUGGGCGGAGUCAGGAAGAAUACAGAUAUAACAGGAAGAUGUUAGGUGGCUUGUUGCCAUAGCAGCAUGGCGAGCUGACUCCUGAUCUGCUGCUCAGGGCGGACAUGUUGCCUUUUUGACAGCAGACUCACACUGGUCCAGUACCUUAACUCUGUGUGUGUGUUUGUGUGUGUGUUUGUGAGUGUAUGUGAGCUACGUAACACAGUGAAGCAGGCCAGUUUCUGUAAUGAUCGUUUUUUGACCUGCGGGGUUGAAACACUGAAUUAUUGGUCCUUUAGUCACUUUAACUGAUAAGAUAUUAAAGGGGGCCUGUCAUGCUCAUUUUCAGCUCUAUAUUAUUUUCACUAGAGCAGUUUUACCUGAUUUAAAAGUAAAUUAAUGCCCUUACUGUCCUUUCCCGGCCCUUUUUGGAGCUUCUGGGCUAAUCUGCUUAAAAUGAGCCAUUUUAACCCGUCGCUUUAAGGGCGUCCCCGUCCCUAAAAGCCCGCCUUCUUCUAAUUGGUCCAUUGAUGGAAGCAUGCAGAGGGGCAGCACCAAAAACAAAAUGAAGCCUGAGCUUUGUGUCUACAAGUACAACUUUCACACGUUUUCAUUCCAUUAUUUAAAACUAUGGCCAUGUUUAAAAUAAAUAUCUGGCAUUAAAGUUUAGAAAGGAGUACCAGGACCACAUUAGGAAAAAAAAAUGUGUUUGUAUUUUCAGAAUAAAGUUGCAGAAUGAUGUAGGUAUUUCAACAAUAAAGUCAAGAGUUUGAGAAUAAAACCGAAAUAUGAAAAAAGUCAAGAUUUUGGAAAUAAGGUCAAAAUUAUGAGAAACAAAGUAAAAGCAUAUGAUAGUCAAGAUUUCAAGAAUAAAGUUUCAAUAUCGAGAAUAAAGUUGAAGCACGUUGUAGAGAGCACACACAUCCUUGGAGUUGUUAGACUGUGUUCCUAAACAAUGUGAAAUCAUUUCCUUCUUGCUAAAACCACCCCUGAAAAAAUAAUUGCAGUUUUAUUCUUUUUAACCCUUUUCCAUGUUUUGGCGUGGCACUAAUACGUCAUCAUAACCGUACGUAGCGUACAAUAAAAGACUAAUAAAGCAUAAUCGGUCCCCUUUAAGCUUCUGAUGGAUGGAUUCCCAAACUCAACCAGGAGAAGGCGGAGUUUCUUGUAUUCUUGGUACGUCAUGCUAACACUUUUGCAUGCACCGUGCUGAGUAAUACUUAAAUGUUAAACUGUUAGCAUCGAUAGAUGGAGGUGUUUUCUUAUCAGUUGAAGAACAAACUUAAAGUCUCAGUGUUUCAGUUUAACAGUAGCAUGGCUGCAGUCCAGCCGGAGAGGGUUAAAGCCACAGAAAUCCUUUGAAUAUGUGUUUGUGGGCGUGGUCAGCUCACGGGAACCGCUUGCCGGACCCGUGACCUCUGUGAGUGCUGCUGUGCACAGUGUUGUACUAUCAGCGGGGUACUGCUGUCAGUAUUCUGGGUCUCCUCCAGUGUCUUCAGUCAUGUAGCAUGUUGAUGUUUCUGCCAGUACCCAGUCUGACCUCCAGGAGGUGCUGCUGCGACAGUUUGCAUGCCGAGCAGAAGCUUCCGGGCCGGAGGGCCGUUUGUGGCUGCGGCAGGCCGAUCGCCAACUGUUUCCUGCCAGCGCAUUAUGAUGAUUCCAGCUUUAUUCUUGUAAUAUCAAUAGAGGAGGGGCUUAUUACUGCCUCCGGUGGUUGUAAAGCAGAAAACACCCACUGCUGUUAUUUCUGAAAGCUUCAGGUAUAAUAGAUGUUUCUGUGUACGCCACAAGGGGCAGUGCAGAGCACCUUUUAUAGCCAAAAACAAACAUGGAUUAUAAAAAAUACACCCCAUCGUACUCUUGAUAAUGUUUAUAAGCCACUUUCAUGACAGUUUAAAACAAUAUGAGGCCAUUUUUAAGUAUAUUUUAUCACUUCUCCUACACAGUAUCCAUAACUGGUGUAUUAGCAGUUGAUGACUGAUGAUUAAUGAUGAUUAGCAAGCAUAUUUAGUUACAUAUAAUGGUGUUAUGUUUAGUUUAACUGUUUAUUCACAUAUACAUUGAGCAUUGCAGUGUAUUCUCAGUGUUGGAAAGUAUUUCUUCAUGUAUCAAUAGAGACGCUUCAUAUUAUGUAUUCAUUCAUGUGAUUAUAGCUGAUUAUGGUUAUGAGUAAUUCAUUUAAGAGGAGAAAUGAGGUGAUAAAUGCUUGAAAUGUCCUUUUAUCUGUUUAGAACUGCUUCAAAGUGAGUUUGUUAGGGUUCUUGCUUUAACACGGGGGUUUCAUCCUCAGAAAAAACUUUCAGUCAUUUCCACGGCCAGCCGUGGCUGCACUUGGACCUUUCAGGCCUUCGCCCAGAGGCUGUGGUGCCAUUCGUCAUUUCCUGUGACUUCUGAAGGCGUCAGUGUGGUUUAAGAAGAUGAAGAAACGAGUCUGGUGUUUUGGAAAAAAGUUCUUUAGAUCUCUUAAUCUUGUGAGAAUCAACAGAAGCAGCUGUGUGAAAUCACAAGAAGGGGAGCUAGGCCUUAUUUUCACACGUCUGCAACGAUGCUGCAGACUGAAAAGUAGCUGCGAUUGUUGCUUUGAAGACAGCGAAGCCAGGUCUGAAUGUUUGGACAGAAACAGACGUGUGUUAAAGUCUUUACACACUUCAUUUAAAGCGCACUGAGGCCUUGACAGCUACAGUAAAUAGGGGCUGAUGCAGAUGGUAACACUUCACUUUAAGUGCCCGUAUUUGGCAUUUAAGAGCAGCAUGUAAACAUUUAAUAGAAGUGGUAACGCUGUACGGCAGCUGUAAGCAGAUAUGAACAUGUAAAUGUAACUAAAAACAAAAUCUGACUACAUUUCAUGUGUUUAAGCAUUAAAGUUCACUCUUACAGCUGCAUUGCAGUGUGUCACAGACCAUGUGAGGCACAUUUACAUAUUUCACUCUCUGCUUUCCA